AUGGCCGAUAGUUCUAGCCCCAAAAUUGCCAGAAGGUUGGGAUCCGUUAUAAAGUUGAAGCCAGAAUUGUAUGAAAAAUAUAAGGAGCUUCACGCCGCUGUAUGGCCAGAUGUAAGCUAUUUGUAAUUGUAAGUUCACAAAAAUCUCCAGUCUUAAUAAUUAACAAGGUGACGAUUUGUUUUUUUCAGGUGCUUAAGAGAAUUUAUGACAGCAAUAUACGAAACUAUACAAUUUACUACGACAAAUACCAUCACUUGCUGUUUUCUCAUAUGGAAUACGUAGGUAAGUGUUUGAAAUUAUCAGUCAAUCAAUCAAUCAACCAAUCAAUGAAUAGAUAAUUUAAAUCAGUCAAUCAAUCAAUCAAUCGAUUAAUUAAUCAAUCAAUCAGUCAGCUCAUGUUUCUGUCACCCAACUAUUCAAUCAGUACUUGUAUCCACAUCCUUAAACUCUGAUGUUCAGACAAGGUUUAAGUCCUUAAAGUAAAGACCACAUGACUUGUUGUCUGUAAGUGUGUAUUUAACACUCAAGUAAGGUAAUGGCUCAGUUAAUUCCAAGCAUGCCCAUCCCCCCGGGCAUUUGUCAUCUUUUAGGUUGUGGUGGUGGGGAUUUGUCAGAAAACCUCUACCUGGGGUGGGGUAUUUGUCAAUUGUUCUAGAAGUUGUUAACGUUGUUCCUUUUUCAAUAUUUCACUAAAAAUAUACCUAUUUUAGAUAGCUUUAUAAAGAAUAUUUUUAAUACUUAUGUUUUAAAAAGGUAUAUGUGGUUUUUGCUCUGUUGCUUCCCUACCCAACAGUAUUUUUUCCAUCUGUCUAAGAAAUUGCCUCUCGCCAUUGUGAUCAGCGCGCAAAUGGAGAAAAAACAAUCAAUGUUUUGUUUGUUAAUCAUUUGAAAAUAAGAAAGUUGUUAUUAAAAUUCCAACUUAUAGUUCUGUCAUUGAGGUUAAUCAGUUCAAUUUGGUCUUUUUUGCAAUAAUUAUAACUAGCGGCUUGGAGUGAUUUGCAUAGGGUGCUUCACAAUGACAAAUGGGCGACAAAUGCUCGUGGGGAAGGGCAGCGGGGGUGUGGAUGGUCACUCUUGGAAUUGACUGAGCUUUAAAAGGUAAGGUAAUGGUGCACACAGGCCAAAGGCCCAAAUGGCCAGUGGUUAUCGUGGUUUCCUUAGCAUGAAGCAUGCCUAGGAGCAUUGCUACUUCCCCCUGGACGGGAUGCUAGUCCAUUGAGGGUUACCCCUCAGUAGUUUGUCGCUAGUAUCCAUUUUUACACGUGGGUGUAGUGUGACAAACAAUGUGACGGGCGACGCUUGAACCCCAGACCUCCAGAUCCGGAGUUGGAGGUGUUAACCGCUCAACCACUCACCCCUCUACUUAAGUAAGUGAGUGUGAUAGUGGAAAUGUUGAAAAUCUUGAAAAUCUCUGCAUGACAGUAAAAACAUUCAAUUAUACUUUCAUUUUAUUGGUCAAUCAUUCAGACAAUCAAUCAACCAAUUUUUCAAUCAAUCAGUCAACUAUUAAUCACAAUACAGUCAAACCUCCUGUAAGUGACCACUCAAAAUGCUGCAGCUGGUGACAUAUGGGAGGUGGUCACUUGCAACACUUGAAAAACAAGGGGUCUCUUAAGGCUAGUAUCUCUGAUGAAUUACACAUACAAUAUCACACAUAAAAAACUUAUUAACAUAAAAACACAAACUGGUGGUAAUAGUAAACAUCUAAUUUAUGAAACUAUGGGAAAAAAUUAAACAUCCACUAGUGGCUCUCCUAAAAGAAUCAGGAAGCAAGUUCCAAUAUCUCGCUGCAGCAUAUCUAACUAAGACCAUUAUGUAGUUGUUUUGGGUUUUGACAAGACUAGCACAUUCGUACCUCUUAAGCCAUAGUCAGAUGUUCUAAACUGAAACUCUUUAAGUAUGAUAGUUGGUAAAGUUGAUGCAUUUGUGAUGAUCCUUUAUCUUAGGAGAUGACCUUGACAAAGAUAUGGCAGCUAUAGGAAAUGACCCUGUGACCAGGGAGUGGUGGAAGGUUUGCGAACCUUGUCAGGAGUCGUUAGAAUGGACAGGUCCCCCACCAAGUGAGGGUGGACAGGGUGGUAACUGGUGGGCACCCAUCGAAGAAGUGUUCCACGAUGGCCAUCCUGCAACACAGUAUAAAGAAAACUAG